UGGUCAGUUUGGUUAGGAUAAAAUCGAUGUUAGUCGUAGGCAAACAGUUCCGUUAGGAUCAUGGCAGAAGUACGCCUUUAUGAUUCAACAAUUUGUCGAUUAUGUGCGGAAGAUAACGGCAAUGGAGAGUUACUUUACAUGGAUGAUACCGAAGAUCCAGAUUUGAGUUCUAUGGUCAAUCGGUACUUGCCACUCAAGAUUCGAGAUGAUGGUAAGCUACCACGAACCAUAUGCCCUGGUUGCAAUAUACAACUGGAGGCAACGAUACAGUUCUUCGAGUUAUUGGUGGAUGGUCAAAGGAAAAUUCGUGAGUUGUGGAAGCAUCAAGUAGAAGAACAACGUAAAGUCGAACGAGAGCGGCUUCGUGUUGAAAAAGAAACAGAAGGCAUGGCAGAAUCAUCAGAGUUAGAUAACGUUUCUCAAUACAACGAGGAAGAUCAGUUUGAACAACAAAUUAUAAUAAAAAUAAUGCCAGAUGGUUCUAUGUACGCGGCCGAACAUGAAAUGAGUUUGCAAAUGGAAGGAUUGAAUAAACCGAAACGAAAGAGAGGACGUCCGCCGAAAUCUCAUGCAGAAAGCAUGUCUAUGGAUUUAGGGAGAGGAGAAGUAAUGGAAGGGAUUAGUCAAGAAGAAGAAGAUAAACAAGAGGAAGAAACAGAUGAUUUGGACGGGGAUGGUAGACGUCGGAGGAAGCGUAAGGUUCCGAAAAGAUACAUGGAGGCGGUUCAGGGCAAAGAAUUAGAAAGAAUAUACAAAGAAGAAGGCGUAAUUGACGAAGAGGAUGACGAUGAACCCGAUAAUUUUGAAGAUUCCGAGGAACAAUUGAAUAUUUCUGUUCCUGAUAGUCAGGAAGAAAUAAUUGGGCAUUUAGAAUCUGAGGAAGGGAAGGAUUUAGGAGAACUAGUGGUAGUUAAUCGAGGUAGGGGUCGAGGUCGGCCAAAAUUACGCCGUCGAAAAAACAAAUUUACAUGUCAGUUAUGUGGCCGAGGAUUUCUUCAACGCAGUAGAUAUAUCGUGCACAAGAGUUUUCACAAAGGAAUAAGAUACGAAUGUUCAGAAUGCAAAAAGUUAUUUACAAAUAAGGAAAAUUUAGAAUUGCAUCAGAAAACAACGCAUCACACUGGGGACAGUAUGUAUCAAAAGUUAGAACAUAUUCAAGAAUCAGAUUCCGAAUCAAAACGUCAUUAUCCUGAAGAAGAACACGUAUCUAACGUACUUGAACAAACUCUGCCGGAAGAACAAGAUACAAACAGAUCAUCGGAAAAUUCCGAUUCUCAGAAAACAUUUUCAUGCGAACAAUGCGACAAAUUAUUCGAAACGAAGCAAACUUGCGAUUUACAUUUGAAAAUGGUUCACGAACGUGAUAAAUUAUUUAUUUGUACUAUUUGUAGUAAGAGUUUUACCCAACAGACAGCUUUGAAAACUCAUAUGGCCAUACACGAGAAGAAUAAACUAGAGAAAGAAUAUCCUUGUGAUAUAUGUGGAAAGAUACUUAAUCAUCCGAGUUCUGUGGUAUAUCAUAAGGAAGCGGAACACAAUAAUGGUCGACGAUUUGUUUGCAACAAAUGUGGGAAAAGUUUUAAACACAAGCAACUGUUACAACGUCAUCAACUUGUGCAUUCGGAUGAUCGACCGUACAUCUGUAAAUCUUGCAAUGCCAGUUUCAAAACAAAAGCAAAUUUAAUUAAUCAUCAAUCCACCCAUACAGGCGAAAAAAAAUAUUUUUGCGAAAUCUGUGGACAACAGUUUGCGCAUAAAACUAGUCUCACGCUCCAUUACAGGUGGCACACGGGUCAUAAACCUUAUACGUGUGAGGUAUGUCAUAAAAGUUUUUCACAAAACGGGAAUUUACAAGAACACAUGCGGAUACAUACUGGAGAGAAACCUUAUUGUUGCGAUUAUUGUGGAAGAAAAUUUACCACCUCGUCGCAAUUUAAGCUUCACGUUAAACGACAUACCGGCGAACGUCCAUGGAAAUGCGAAUUCUGUGCAAAAUGUUUCUUGCAUAAAGAUACAUGGAAAUGCCAUGUGCGUAGACAUAAAGGAGAACGUCCGUUUCAAUGUGCUCAUUGUAAUCGCGGUUUUACAGAACAAUGGGCUUUAAAAAAACACCUUCGUCUGCAUACGGGUGAAAAACCUUAUUCCUGUGAUGUUUGUGGAAAAACGUUUGCAGAUUGUUCGAAUUUAACGAAACAUAAAAAGGUACACAGAGAAACAAAAGUUUCUGCGAUAGGGGAAAUAGAAGGAUCUCCGAUCGGUGAAGUCUGGCAAAUUUUACCGAGUUCUCAGGAAUCCGAUGAACAUUCUUUAACCGAUCAAAUGGCUCAAGUUAUUACAGCGGAUGAUACAUCUGGAGAUGGUAUUCAACAAAUUAUUUAUGUAUCGUAUCAAGAUCCAGAUGAUCCUAAUCAGUCACGGACUUUACAUUUCGUUGAUGCUGGAAUAAUGAGAAAUAAGGAAGAAAAAACGAAUACAAAUCCAGCAUUAUCACAUUUAAACGUUGAGAAUAAUGGUAUACUUUCUAAUUCGCCUCAUGCCAAUGCGAAUAAUAAUUCAGCUGAUCGAAUAAAUGUUGAACUGUCGGAAUCAGAUCUUCAGCUUCAGAUUACAGACGAGGAAGGUAAUCCGAUUCCUCUUUCGAUACAAGAUGCCCGACAGCUUUUAUCUCAGAGUCAAUUCGUUAAUCAACUUAACGAAGGGCAAGAAAUUAGAAUUCAUCCGGGAGCGAUUACCGAUGAAUUAGCAACGCCAUUAAGUAUGCACGUUAGUCAAAAUUCUGAUGCAAAAGACGUGGACAUUUCUAAUACGAUUGAACCAAAAGUGAAAAAUAUUUCAACUAUACAAACAGAUGCAGAAGCAAUUGUAAAGACAUUGGAGGAUGAAGAUACAGAUGCAAAUGCUGUUGCCACGAUCAAUCAAAUGGAGGAAACCGAGCAGUCAGGGAUUACCGAAAACGAACAAGCGAUUGAAUUCACGACACAAGAUGGUCAGAAAGUUCGUUUAGUUGCUUCUUAUCACGUUGAUCCGAUGCACCUUGCUUCUGAGUACCUGACUAUUGUAUAAAAUUUUAACAUUAUAAAUUUAUAUAAAUAGUUUUUUUAAAUCUUAUAUUAGGUUACUCGAAACAU